AUGCCAGAAUCUACUAAUACCAUCUUGAAUAAUACUCCUUCUAGAAAAAUUAAACUAACUGCUCUUUGUGAAUUAUGUCAUGGUAGAAAAGCUGUGAUGAAAAGACCUAAAAAUUUGAUGAAAUUAUGUAAAGAGUGUUUUUAUAAUGUUUUUGAAACUGAGAUUCAUAAUACUAUUAUUUCCAAUAAAUUAUUUCAUCGAGGUGAAAAAAUAGCUAUUGGAGCAUCUGGAGGUAAAGAUUCCACUGUAUUAGCAUCGAUUCUUAAAACAUUAAAUGAAAGAUAUGAUUAUGGAUUAAAAUUAGUAUUAUUAUCUAUUGAUGAAGGAAUUAAGGGAUAUCGAGAUGAUUCAUUAGCUACGGUUAAAAGAAAUCAAAAACAAUAUGAUAUGCCAUUAGAAAUUGUUUCUUAUAAAGAUUUAUAUAAUUGGUCAAUGGAUGAAAUAGUUGCUUGUGCUGGGAUUCGAUCAAGUUGUACUUAUUGUGGAGUAUUACGUCGUCAAGCAUUAGAUAGAGGAGCAGAGAAAUUAGGAAUUAAUCAUGUUGUCACGGGACAUAAUGCUGAUGAUGUUGCUGAAACUGUAUUAAUGAAUUUAUUAAGAGGAGAUGUGGCAAGGUUAGAACAUUCUACUAAUAUUAUGACUACAUCAGCGGGAUCACCAAUUAAACGUUCUAAACCAUUUAAAUAUACUUAUCAAAAGGAAAUUGUCUUGUAUGCUCAUUAUAAGAAAUUGGAUUAUUUUUCAACUGAAUGUACUUAUGCUCCAGAAGCUUUUAGAGGUACUGCUAGAGAAUUAUUAAAAUCUUUAGAAAGUAUACGUCCAUCUUGUAUAAUGGAUAUCAUUUAUAGUGGUGAACAUUUAGUGUUAGCACCCAAAAAACAGAAACGGAAAACUGUUGCUUAUAAAAACAAAAAGAAAACCAAUGAUGAGCAAGAAGUGAAUCCUGAUGGAUCUAUAUCAUUGAAUCGAAAUGGAAUUAAAAAGGAUGGUAAUACAUGUGAAAAAUGUGGUUAUCUUUCGUCAAACAAAAUUUGUAAAGCAUGUAUGUUGUUAGAUGGAUUGGAGAUAAAUAGAGCCAAAGUGGCUAUAGAUAACAAUUCUGCUAUUGAUGGUGCGGCAAAACUUACGAAAUCAUUAGAACAACUAAGUUUUUAA